CUGAAGUCAAGAAACUCACUGCAGCUGCUGAGUGUCCUCUGCAAUGGAGCAACAGCCGUCCAAUUCUUCAAAAAUGGAAACGUUUCGCCUUUUUGAUGGCAAUCCCCAACCUGGGUUUGGUUUAAAUUUUCUUGAAUCUCCGGAAAAACCCUUUCCCGCUCUACCUCCUUGCUUUGAAGUCCUCCCCUCUCAGGUAUCAUCAAAUGUGAAGUAUACGGUGGAAAGUGUAGAUAUUGAUGGGAUUACACUGAUUAAGGGAAGGGUGAACAGUAAGGAGGUUUUCGCCUUUUCCAAUUUGGAUUUAGUGCCAGGGAAAUAUGAAGGAGGGUUGAAAUUAUGGGAAGGUUCGGUGGAUUUAGUGAAAACUCUUCAAUCAGAGAUGCAAGAUGGGAAGUUGUCACUUGCUGGAAAGCGAGUUUUAGAGGUGGGCUUCAAUUGCUGAGGUGAUCGUACAAUCUUCUGCUGCCAUGUUUAUCUAUGACUUUUCAAAAACCUUGUUGCUGUUUGCCAAUUUUUUACUGAUUUUUGUGCUUAAAUGUAAAAUAGAGAUGCUCGAUA